CGUAUAACAAACCGGUUCGCUGUGUAAUGACGGUUAGAUCUCUGACUUUCUCCCUUCCUGCUGUCAUUUUGCUGUUUAGUUUACCACAGUGAAGUUGGACACUGUAGACCAUGUGCUGCUCCGGAGAAAGCUGACAGACCGAGCUGUUUGUGACAACCAGUGCGCAAGCGCAGUGUGAAGCAUACGUAAUUUACGUGGAGUUAUGGUUGGAGAGCCCACGUGCACACUUCCCAGUGCGCGUUCUCGCCUGUUUAACUGUUCAUGGCUGUGUAAUUAAUCAUUACAUCGAAGCUGACUGUUUCUAUGAGGCUGCAGCUGCUUGGAGGAAAGGCAGGACGAGCACCUGUUUGCAGAUAGCUCUCUCCUAGGCAUGACCAACCUCAAGCCCAAAGCGGAGAGCCAGAGCGAUGAAGCCGAGGGCCCAGAUGGAGGCUGGGGCUGGGUGCUGGUCUGUGCCCUGUUCAUCAGCACGAGCCUUGUGUUCGGCCUGAUGCGUAGCUUGGGGAUCUUCUUUGUAGAGUUUGUCCAGUACUUUGAUGAGAGCGCUCAGGCCAUCUCCUGGAUCUCGUCCACGGGCCUGGCAGCACAGCAGUUCUUCAGUCCACUGGGUGCAGGACUAUGUAAUGCAUAUGAUGCCCGGUUGGUGGUGAUGACAGGGGGCUGUCUCGCUGGACUCGGCCUCAUACUUGCCUCACAGGCCACCUGUCUUGUUCACCUGUACCUCAGUAUGGGAGUUAUUUCAGGUUUGGGCUGGGGGCUGGUCUUCACUCCAAUGGUAGCUACAGUCAUGGCUAACUUCACUCGCCGGCGCACCCUGGCGUUGGGACUUGCGUUCUCCAGCAUCGGCCUCUCCUCCUUUGCUUUCAACCCGCUCUUCCAGCUGCUGGUGGAGAUGUAUGCCUGGCGAGGGGCCCUUCUGAUUCUGGGGGGCCUCAGCCUCAACAUUGUGCCCUGCGGGGCUCUCAUCCAUCCACAGCGACGCUCUAAAGCCCCAGCAAAGGUGGAUUCAGAGAGCAGGUCAUCAUGUGCUGCAGUGCUGCACCGAGUCUCCUCCUACCUGGAGCUGUCGCUGCUCUUCGAGAGGCCUUACAUCACCUACACCUUGGCCGUCACUCUUCUUAACGUCGGCUACUUUGUGCCGUAUUUCCACCUGGUGGCCCACAGUCGCCAAGCUGGCUUUUCAGAGUACCAAGCUGCUUUUGUCAUGUCAGCUGCCGGUGCUUCAGACAUUUUGGGCCGCGUAGCGUCAGGCUGGUUCUCAGACCUGGGUCACUUUCGGCUGAUUCACUUACUGAGCGUGUGGACAACGCUGGCAGGAGUGUUCAUCAUGCUGCUACCUGUGAGCUCCUUGUCCAGUUCUUACUUUGCACUGAUGGCGAUCAGCCUUCUCUACGGCUUCUGCUCCGGGGCGUUGACCUCUCUGGUCUUCGCGGUGGUGCCCAUGAUUGUGGGUGUGGAGCGCAUGAUGGGGGCCCUCGGGCUGCUGCAGCUCAUCGAGAGCAGCGCGGGACUGCUGGGGACACCUCUGUCAGGGUUUCUCAAGGACGUCACAGGCAACUACAUCGCUUCCUUCAUGGCGGCGGGCAGUUUCCUUGUUCUCGGUACUUUGACCAUGACCACUCUGCCUCGCUACUUCUCCUGCACGGAUCCACCGUCUCCUCAAAGACGCCCCCUUGACGACAAAGAUAAGGGUUUACAUUCAGAGUUGGAGCAGAUGAAUAGUUUUCCUUCUGGCACGAAUCGCAGAGGAGUUGAAUGAUCUGACAGGUGAAAUAACCAGGCUCAAUAAUCCGCAAGACUGUGGAAGUUAAGGGUUCAAGAGCCUUCAGUCCAGCCAGUAUAACGAUGGCGCCUGCUUGAAGACACCGUCAGUUAGCAUGCUGCUGCACAUGUGGUUGCAUUAUACCUCAGAGAUUCAGAGCCAAAGUGAAUGAAGAAGCUUACUGUGAAAACUCCCGACGGCAUUAAGGGGCCAGUGGGUUCCUCACUCUGUUACCCAUCCUAACCUCAGUUUAGUGUAUAGGCCAGUUUCUUCUGCCUAAAGGAAACUCUGUGUUUUUAAAUACUUUAUUUGCAGUGUACAGAUGUGUGGUUGCUUUACAUGCACAGCAAUAGGCAAUGUGAUGUGUGACUGUUUUUAUUGUUAUUACCACACACACCAUCAAGUUUCUGCAUACUUGACUACGAAACUAAGAAGCAGAAAUCUAUUUUAUUUUCUUGGUUGUAGAUGUGAAGGUAAAAUGUGAAUCUGAUUGUACUGCUGUAACACUGACCAGCAUAUUUAAAUUUUGCACACUUAUGAUUAAUCUUUAACUUGCAUUGUACUAUUGCCCUCUUGUCCCACCGGCUGUCUGUACACCGCCAUCUCCAAAUAACUGUCAAGUACUACGGCUACACAUGGCAACAUUAUCUUUCACAGACCUAGUGAACAAUCAGUACUACCUGCUGUGGUAUGCAUGCCCAGUAGUUUAUGGUAAUUCACAUUAAAAAGAAUAUUUAAGAAUAUGCACCAUAUAAGGAAAAUCUCACCUUAAUAAUAACUAGAUUUUAAUAUAUAUAUAUUCCAAAAUAACAAAUUAUUGUUGGUCUUUAUACUACUGUGUCAUUUCUGGAUGUAGAUGUAUGAAUGAAAGAAACUGAAUUUCUUAAUGAUUAGCAGCACCCCUCUGUGCUGCUCGCUGUUAAACACUGAUUUAUUAUGAGCACAGCAACAGCUCUAAAGGAGCUGCAGACACCAGCACUGCUUCCAGCAGCUCUCUUUCAGCCUCAGGACUUUCACUUUCCUCCAAUGCAUCAUGUUGCUGGGCAGGAAUACAAGACUUAUUUCUAAAGUGUAUUUUCUGAUCAUACAACCAUUGCUUGCAUAUUCACUUUGUUGAAAAUGUUCGUCUUAACCGGCUUUUCCUGGCAGUCUGUGAUUCAAACCUAUAACACUCUAGUCUACCACUCAAACAUCCAGGCUGCGACCUGACACCAUUAUAUGUUAAAGUGUGAUAUUUUGUACUCAGUCUUGAUUAUAAAGCAAUGUAUUUUCCUUGAA